UGACACUCCUGAAAUUAUUUAUAGGUUAUUUACAUUUUAUGAUACACGUUUUUUUUUUUAAUUUAAAAACCCAUCGGAUAUAAUAUUUUUUCAUAACGGAAAAUUCCAUUCGGUUUGUUGAGAAUGUCCGAACAAAGAAAAAUCCCGAAUUUUUUGAAAUUCUUAUUCGGCGCUGCUGCUGGUAUGGCGGGCACGUGCAUCGUACACCCUUUGGAUCUGAUCAAAAAUCGCAUGCAAUUGAGCGGUAUGGGCGGUACGCAAAAAGAAUACAGAAAUAUGUUUCACGCGAUGCAAAUAGUCGGACAACGCGAAGGACUUCCCGGUUUUUAUAGAGGAUUAUCCGCCGGAUUACUUAGACAAGUCACAUAUACAGGUACGAGACUGGGUGUUUACACCUACCUUUUCGAAAGAUUCAAAUCGUAUGAUGGUAAACCACCGGGUUUCCUUACCAAAGUAGCUAUUGGUAUGUUCGCCGGGCUUUCCGGCGCUUUUGUCGGUACCCCCGCCGAGGUAUCUUUGAUCCGUAUGACCGCAGAUGGUCGUCUUCCGAUAGAAGAAAGAAGAAAUUACGCUGGAGUGAGCAACGCUUUGAUUAGGAUAUAUAGAGAAGAAGGUCUUUUUACUCUAUGGAAGGGAGCUACUCCGACGAUGGGUCGAGCUAUAGCCGUUAACGCCGCUCAACUAGGAACUUAUUCUCAAGCUAAGGAAAUGGUUGCUUCGCAUAUGGCUUUGAAAGAAGGAAUCGGAUUACAUUUUUUAGCCGCGAUGAUUUCGGGAUUUAUCACAUCGGUUGUUUCGAUGCCGUUGGAUAUAGCGAAAACGAGAUUACAAAAUAUGAAAACAGUUGGGGGCAAAGCGGAAUUUAAAGGUCCCGUAGACGUUUUGAUCCAAUUGAAAAAGAAAGAAGGUUUUUUCGCUUUAUGGAAAGGUUUUCUACCUUAUUAUUUACGAAUCGGUCCCCAUACGGUUUUCGUAUUCAUAUUUUUGGAGCAGUUCAACAGAGCUUACUUCAAAUUUAAAUAUGGCGAUAGUGGAACCGGAAGUGGAAGUCUUUGAUCGCGUUCACAUAAUAAAUAGAUCUAUAGGUAAUUGGAGUAUCAUAUUUUGUUAUAUUUUCAUGUAAUAUAAAUACGUAUACACGUGAAAAA